GUUAAACCCUGCCGUUAUCCCUAUAACCCCAAGCUCCGGCGAUGCCGCCCCUCCUCUCCCUCCGCCCCUCCGCCUCCCACCGGUUCCCGCUCCGCCGCCUCCUCCUUUUCCGCUGCUCCGCCUCCACCUCCUCCGGUUGCGCUAACCCCUCCCCCUCGAUCGCCCCGUACCACGCCUCCUUCUCCCGCCGCAUGGCUUUGGCCGGGAUCCACCCCCACCACCGCAUCGCGGUGGGGGUCUCCGGCGGGCCGGACUCCAUGGCGCUGUGCGUGCUCGCGGCGGCGUGGAAGAAGUCGGCGGAGGAAGGAUUCGGGUGGAAUGCCGGGGAGGAGGUCUCCGUCACCCCGGGGUUCGUGGAUGGUCUCCUGGGCGUCGUCAUCGACCACGGGCUGCGGCCCGAGAGCGCGGAGGAGGCGCAGCUAGUGCGGGACCGCGUGCGAGGCAUGGGUGUUCAGUGUGAGAUUGCUAAAUGUGAGUGGUCAGAUGGUCGCCCGAAGCAAGGUCAUGUGCAAGAGGCAGCCCGUGAAAUGAGGUACGGAAAACUAUUGGACAUUUGUAUAAAGCAACAAAUUGGAAUCUUGCUUAUUGCACACCACUUUGAUGACCAGGCAGAGCUCUUUGUUCUCAGACUAUCUCGCAACAGUGGGGUUCUAGGGCUUGCUGGUACAGCCUUUGUGUCCCAAUUGUUUGCACCUAAUUUGAAAUAUGAUGGAGAGAAUUUUCGACGGUAUGGCAUUCUUCUUGUGCGGCCCAUGCUUGAAUUUUCAAAAGAUGACAUGUAUAAGAUAUGUCAACAUAGUAAUCAAUCCUGGGUGGAAGAUCCAACAAAUAAUAGUAUGCUGUAUGUUAGAAACCGAAUUCGGGCAUCUCUGAGAAAUUUAUCCACCGAAGGUACCUUUCUGUCAGGAAUCCACAAACUUAUCAAUGCAUGCCGGUUGACACGAACAUGUAUUGAUAGUGCCUGCAGUGUGAUUGUAAAAAAGUCUGUGUCAAUUUUGGAGUAUGGAUAUGCUGUUAUUGACCUGGAAAAGCUUGAUCCAUUAAAUGUUGAUGAUCUUUGUCUUUCACAAUAUUUAGCAUAUAUCUUGCAGUUUAUUUCACAAAGACACAGGCCAAUUCGUGGUAGAUCUGCUCGACUACUUAUGGAUUACAUCCGUAGCAUUCCCUGCAAGGGUGCCCUUACUGUAGCUGGUUGUUACCUUUGUGCUGCUCCAAGGUCGAAAGGUACAGAAGUACUUGUUUGUUGUUCUGUUGACUGGAUGGAAUUAUCUUCUGUUGAAAUGUCCUACAAGUGUUCGUAUGAAGAGCAGGCACUUCCAGUACCUGAGAUUGAUCAGAUAGCCCUUGAGGCUCGUUUGCACUCUAAGCACUUUAUACAGAAGUGCUCAAGCAUACCUUCUGUGUAUUCUAAAUCUUCCAUUGAUGUUCUGAACAAAGCAAAGGAUCUCAACAUAAUAGAUGAUUUUACAUUAAAAAAUCUCUGUUACUUGAGAACAGAAGAAUAUGAUAAAUUUAUUAAGAAAGAAGAACAUAAACAUGAAGAAUAUGACCUGGAGAAAACAAAGUUCCCAGAUUGUAAUGUUUUGAGCCUUUGUCCUGGUGAAACAUGUCACUUCAUGAGCAGAUUCUUGAUUACAUGGAAAGGUCUGGAAGAUGUUGUGAAUGGAAUAUGUUUGCAUGACAAUAAAGAAUAUAUUUCCAAGUAUUGUACUCUGAAUCAGGAUGGAAAUCUUGAAAUUCGGCACAUGGUUGAUGCCGACUGGUUGUUCCUUGCUGAAAUUUCUAACAUCUGUUCAGUGGAAGAGAACCUGAGUAAUUCAAAAGCUUCCGGUAGCAAGUUAGAGACUGAUAAUGUUCUGCAGCACUCCAGAUAUUUGCAACGGUCAGCACAGAAAGCUCUUCAGAUCCUUAGAUCUAUUCCAGCUGCUGCAAGACGAACGCUACCAGUACUCACCAGUUCUCAAGGUGACAUAAUGUGUAUACCGAGUAUUGGCUUCAGAUGUUGCCCUAGCCUAUUCAUAGAAGCAGUAUUCUAUCCAAGAGUACCUCUGGGUGGAGGAUACAGUUCAUAUCUAUGAUUGCUCGAGCUUUACUUUGGACAAAUGAAACAUCGGGUGCAUAUUCACUGUUGGGACAUGAGCAACUGCUGGUGCUGAAUGAUGCAAACUGUCCAAGUCAUGUCAAACUUUUGUAUGCUGAAUGAACAGUCUUUGCAUGCCACAGCAUUGUGUGAACAAACUGGGAAUUGAAAGUGCUAAAAAGCUUGUUCAUAUGGCAGAGGAUGGAUGGACAUCUUAGGCUCAAUGGUUUAACUACUGUAAUUGGUGUCAAGUGGGUGUUCAGUUGAAAAUAUUCGGUUUAGCUUCCCUACGAAAGACAACUUUGGUGAGAAUGGGAAUGUGUACAGCGGAGACAAAUCACUCCAUCAAUUUGUGGUUACCCUGACAAAGAUGCUUAGUUAGCCAUUUUCAACUAGAUUACAUAAUCACAUGGAAGAUACACAACAUACGUAAUUAUACAGGUCCUGAAGUUGUAUGUUUUUUAAAUGUACAUCCCACUAUACAAACGGGCCAGGUGGAUUAAUAGCCUAACAGACUUUACUCUUCAUCGCUGCUUAUGUUGAUAGCUUCAGUCCUCGGGGCCAGCAGCACGAUGGGUUCAUCAUCACUAUCUAAAGUUAUCUGUAGAUAUAAUAAAAGGAUGAGUAAUCGAAGACACCAGUCACUAGGUAAUGCUGAAUGGGGAAGUGACAUCAGGGUCAGUUUUUUGUCCCCGAUCAAAUGCCAUGGAUCUUGUUUGUUGGGUUGAUGUCUGAUACAAAUGGAAAGUGAUCUUUUACCAGCCUUGAUGACCUGGUGAUCUUCCCAUGCUGUGGUCAGCACUAGUCACCUUGGACGGGAAAUGAUAAUAUGCUAUCCGGUCGAACACCGAAGGCCAAAUCAUUGACUUUUAAGGUUGUACCGUAUGUAUUCUUAUUCCGCUUAUUAUGUUUACCUGAGGAAGUCGUUUGUUUUGCUUUGGUCCCGUGUGUGCGACGAUUAUGGCAGAAGCUUUUGUUAGACAGAAGACCGUAUUAUUGUCAGCUAGGUAAUUCUCCAUCACGUUUCUGUCA